AUGGCGAAAGCUGAAGCGGAGUCAGCAACACCUAAUCUGUUCUUCACUUCACCAACAGCUGGUUUUGACGCCACUGCGGUGUACUCGAGCUCGUCAUCAGGCCCCGAUGACGGCCUGCUGUUCACUCUUGAUGGUGUACGCGGUGGUGACUUCAUCCACAUGACGCCUGCACCGUGCCGUGGCCUCACCCUUCUCUACGAUCCUUUUGCACCAGCUUACUAUGUUUUCAAUGCAUCCACAUGGGCAGUUACCCGAUUGCCCCCGUGCCACAAUGCGGCGUAUGUGACCGCUGGACUUGGGUUUGAUGCCCGUACGAAGAAGUACAUGGUGGUGAGGUUAUUCCUAGGGGAUUAUGGUGAUAAGCAGCAUAUUAAGUGUAAGAUAUACACGCUGGGCGGUGAUCAUGGGGAUGAUUGGAAGCCGCCUGCUGCAGAUGAGAUCUUUGCAUGGGUCCAGUCGCCGCCGUUUGAGGUGUCAGGUGUGCAUUUGGUGGAGCUUGCUGGCCACUUGUGUAUGGUUCGGGAUCUUCUUCAUGUCGGCAUGCUGGAGAUAUGGAAGCUGAAUGUCUAUGGCUCUGGUGGUUGUUGUGGGUCCACGAAGAGGAUAGUCAUUGCUACAUCCAAACGCAAGAUGAUUGUCUAUGAUCCCGUGUCUCAGACUGUAGAAACUGGCACUGCGAUCAGAGAGACCCCUUCGUCUUACCAAGCUGAAAAUCUUGCUCUUACCAGCGUCUCCCUAUUUCAAGAGAGCCUUGUUCCAGUGCAUCAGACAAAUGAAGAGAGAGCCCUGUCAGCUCCUUGGCUAAAGCGACUAGGGAGAUCUUGCUCCGACUCCCUGUGGCUUAGCUUGAUUGAGGAUAACAGCUUCAUGCGCUCUUAUCACUCGCAUAACAACAUGGACAAGAGGCCCAAGAACAUGCUUGUGGGCAAGUGCAUCACUAGGGAUCGCAUCACUAGAGGAUCCGGCUUCAGUUUUACUCCCUGCUCAAAGUUGCUCCAACGUGCUCGUAGACAUGAUAUAUGGCUUGACACAAAGGUGGUUUGCUCCAAGCCUUGCCAUGGCAUGAACCUGCUAAGCACUGAGCUGAAGGAUUAUCUCUACAACCCCUGCACAGGUUUCCGCCUUGCGUACCACACUCGAGGGACGGCAUCCAUCCACGUGCCCCCGAACAUUCCUAGCUGGAGUAUACCAGAAGGUCAUGACCAUGCUUUCGCACUUGGCCGGAAGAAUGUUGGCCUGGGGUUCAAUCUGUCGACACAGGAUCACGUGAUUGUUGAAAUGUUUUACCACGUGAAGGACUUCAAAUCCCGUCGGUAUUUCUUGACAUGCAUGGUUUGCGAGCGUGGCCGGGGCUCCGUGCUUGACUGCUUCCCGCCACCUCUGCCUGUGAGUGACAUGCCGCCAGCCUAUCUUGCAGGAGUGCUCUACUGGAUGAGUGAUCCAAGGUUGGGCGAAAGUGACAAGAGGGCCAUGGUGUCAUUUGACAUAACAACACGUGAAUUUGUUGUCAUCCCCUGUCCGUCAUGUAUUGAUUUGUGGAACAAUGGAAGUGCUUCCAAUGCUUUUGUGGUUGAACUUGAGGGAACAUUAUGUGCUAAAAUGAUAGUGUUGUAA